CAGCGCGGCAAAAUAUUGCACAGAGCGCAAGUGUGCACUUGCCAUGGCACGCGCCCACAGCAACGAUUUAAUGUAAAAUCACAGAAAGGGACACAUCAUCUGCUAGAAAGAGAGCCUAAGAUAAGGAGAGUCUUCUCGUGAGAGGCAGGACUGAGUAAGCAGAGAAAAAUCAACACUCCUGACCAUCAUGCACAGCGAGACAUGAUGGGUGGAACUUCAUGAUGUUGCUUCCACAACCCAACCUCCAUUGACUACAGCUGUUCUACAGUAACGGACGGCUUCCAUCACUGUACAUGGAGACCGCCAAUUUGGCAGAAUCAAAGCCAGGAAGUGAUCUGUGCAAAGUAGGAACCAUCGCCUCGUUUGGGAACGUGGUGUACAGUGAGCUCCUCAACCAACCCUUCUGGCAUUUUGGGAUUCCCUUCAUUACCAGACUGGGUAACCAAGAGGCCCCAGCUCCCCCUGAAGCAAUGGCUCAGCCUUUUCCACCAGCCCAGUACCCUCAUCCCUCACAGAAUGGGAUACCUGCCGAGUACGCCACAGCCCACACUCACCCGCCAGCUGACUUUACAGGACCAAACACGGUGGCGGAACACACCCUAACGCUGUACACGCCGACACAUACGCAGAGCGAACAGCCUGGGAGUGACAGCAACGCCCCUACCCUCACAGUCAACACGGUAACGCAGGCCGACGAGAUUGCACAGUCGGAGGGUUCCCAGAUUCUUCAUCUGCAGCCAAAUGACUCCUUAGAGAAACAGCAACCCAAAAGACUACACGUCUCGAACAUACCAUUUCGUUUCCGGGACCCUGACCUUCGGCAAAUGUUUGGGCAAUUUGGGAAGAUUUUAGACGUGGAGAUUAUUUUUAACGAGCGCGGCUCCAAGGGCUUUGGGUUUGUAACAUUUGAAACAACCGCAGAUGCCGACCGUGCACGAGAGAAACUAAAUGGUACAAUCGUGGAAGGACGCAAAAUAGAGGUUAACAAUGCAACAGCAAGAGUAAUGACCAACAAAAAGGUGGCGAAUCCUUAUACAAACGGCUGGAAGCUCAAUCCAGUGGUUGGAGCCGUGUAUGGGCCUGAAUUUUAUGCAGUCACAGGGUUUCCAUACCCCACCACAGGGGCAACAGUGGCCUAUAGAGGGGCCCAUUUGAGAGGGAGGGGCCGGGCUGUCUUUAACACAUUCCGUGCUGCACCGCCUCCCCCUCCUAUCCCUGCCUAUGGCGCCAGUGUGGUCUACCAGGAUGGCUUUUAUGGGGCAGAAAUAUAUGGCGGAUAUGCAUCUUACAGAUAUGCCCAGCCAGCUGCUACUGCUGCAGCUGCAUACAGCGACAGUUAUGGCCGAGUCUAUGCAACAGCUGACCCAUAUCACCAUACAAUUGGUCCUGCAGCAACGUACAGCGUGGGCACUAUGGCUAGCCUUUACAGAGGAGGGUGCAGUCGCUUCGCUCCCUACUAGAAAGGAGGGAGCCACGCCCCCUUUCCUUCCCCAGCAAAACAAACACAAAUCAAAAAAGACACAGCAAAUAAAAUCCCCCCCAAAAACAAACAUCUUCUUCAAGGAGCAAAAACUUGCAAUGCUUCCUUCCAGGUGGCAAAUAGAAGUUCCCACUCUUACAUGAUGUUAUUGAUGUCUCUUGGUAAAUGAAUGUUGAUUUGUGACAGAGGUCAGUGGCGUGCUGUGAAGUAAACACCAGGUGAGGCAUACAUACUUUUUUACUUUUUCUUUUUUUUUUACUGAAAUUCAUAUGUGCAGCUCUAGUCAUUGUUGAUUUAGGUUGCACACCAGAGUAACAGGAAAUAAAAAGGGAGUUAUUCGCUUUCACAAAAACGUUAUAGUAAUGAUAUUAUCAUAUGAUCAAAGGGUCCAAAAAGUAUUUGAUAAAGAUGGUAUUAAAAAACUUUUUGGUCCCAUUUUCUUUUAACAAAAUAAAUCAAGUAUUGUGAGUGUAUUUUACAUUUCUGUAUUUGUAUCUGAAGCAGCAAUAGCUAUCCUCCAUGAAAACGUACGUUGUAUGAUCGCAUUCAUUUUGUCUUAAAGUCCAGUUUAGAGAAGUAUUUAAUCUUGAAUACAGUAUACAAUCCUCCAUAUUGGCAGACUCAUUCAUUUAAUUCCAAGACAUUAAACAAUAUUUUUGCAUCUGACAAAAAACACCCACAAACGCUGGCUUACUCUAAUAAAAUUGCCAUGUUUGUUAUAUAUACAGUUAAAAAAAAAUAAAAUAAAAAAAUGCUGGCUUUUGCUGGAGAGACCUGUGUCUGCUAGCUUGAGCGCCCCCACUUCUCCCAGUGUGGCGAGUCAGAGUACUGCUGAGGCAUUGAACUGCAAGUUGACAAUAUAUCGCCCCCUACCUUGAAGCAGAGGUACUUGCUGCCUCAAGACCUGCCUUUUCCACGUGGCAACAAGCAUGCGCCUCCUCGCACGCACAAGCCCAAUACACACUGUGUGUAGCCGUGGAGGCACCGCGUGUGUCUGCCUCACUUCUCGUCUGCUG